UCUACUGUGGGCGACAGUCAGCAGUCCUGUACACGACGACAGUCCAGUCUUUGACCUUUGACCUUCCUGUCAGUUCUUCCUCUCACCACUGAUGUGUGGGUCACCCUCCAGUGAGUCUUGAUGCAAAGUCUUCCACAGGGUGUCGUGACGGGUCACGUGGCCAAAGACCAGCUUACGUCACGACUGUUAAAAGCAGAAGUUCCUGGUGUCCUACGACAGUGGCCAUCUUGUUUCCUACAAAAGGAACAGACUACAAAGAUGUCUGCAACCCUGCAGCUCACUCUUAGCAUCCUUAGCUGCAGCCAGUCUGUGUCAUUGCUGUGCAUCAGUUCCUGAGCAUGUGUUGCAUGUCUAGGGAAGAUAACUCUACUUUCACUAAAGGGAGGUAAAAGCUCACCGACAGUAGAGGUCAAGUGAUGGGGCUUCAACUUCCUGCAGGUGGCAGGACAGUGGACUGCGCUGACUGCUGACGGGUGGUUGUUGAGUUGUUGACACGCAGCGGCAACUGCUGCCUCUCGCCUGAGUGGACCUCUACACUCAUCAUCGCCACGUCAGGGUCGUCUUCAAGUCCCACAGGAUGUGAUGCACAGUGAUGCAGGAGUUGUUUCUCUGUUCAAUUACCGAUUGUCGAUCACAAAUACUCAACGGCUGCCUUCAAUAGUUCACUGGCACUGUUAACACUUUGACUGCUGGUGGUCCUCACUGGGACUGAGACGUUAUUUCGCUGUGAGAGGGAAAGGUCACUCAUUACUGACUGUCGCCUGUGACACCAAAAUGGCGGGCCUGUGUCCACAGCUGUCCUGUGUGUUUGUCGUUGUCACCAGCCUCCAGCUCCUGCACGUGCAGGGGUCGCUGACUGUAACAGGUGUGCACCACCCCGUCACACAGGUAGCAUGCAGGUACCCACGCAAGGACUUGUUCAUACUAACACUCAAGCAAACAGGAAACACCAGCUCUGUCAGAAGUGCAGACAUCAUGGACACCUGUAGCGGCGACAUGAUGUUCUCAGCCUGCACUUUUGAUGACACCUGUGUCACGGUCAAAGCCCUCGUCGUGGGUCAAGGUUCUGAAGAAUUUCGUGUGUUUGAGUGUAAAGCUACACUAAAGGUGAACUCUGAGUCAAGAGAGAUACCUGUCGGUCAAAUCAACAUCACUGUUGGAGGACUGACAGCCCCACCACACACCACAGCAAGUCUUGGUGUGAUGGAGGCCACUGGAGGUUUGAGACAGCCAGUGUUUACAGGAACAUGUGUCUCCCGUGAUGCACAGCCAACAGUGAUUAUCGCUCUUGUCGUGCUGCUCGUUGUCGUCAUUGUUAUCAAUGCUGUCCUCGUCGUCGUCAUACUGAAGCUCCGUGGACUGGGGAGAAGUCACGUGACUGAGGGCACAACGUCACUGACCCCAUGUGCGGCGGACCCCCCACCCACUGCUUCAGGUGAGAUGAAAGGAGAUAAGUUGACCGCCUGCAUGUGUAACAGCUGUUGUUAUGUAAUGCUGAGUUGUUUGUUACUCCUGGCGUUACUAGGGGACUGUUGUCUUGUGACACUUAGUGCUGUAGUGUUACAUGGAUAUAGUGAUAGUGUUAUAGUACUAGCGUUACAGUGCUAGAGUGUUACAUGACUAGAGUGUUACAGAGCUAGAGUGUUACAAGGCUAUAGUGCGAGUGUUACAGUGUAGCGUGUUAUAGUGCUAGAGUGUUACAGGGCUAUAUUGUUACAGGACUAGAGUGUUACAUGGAUAUAGUGCUCGUGUUACAGUGUAACGUGUUAUAGUGCUAGAGUGUUACAGGACUAGAGUGUUACAUGGAUAUAGUGCUAGUGUUACAGUGUAGCGUGUUACAGUGCUAGAGUGUUACAAGGCUAUAGUGCGAGUGUUACAGUGUAGCGUGUUAUAGUGCUAGAGUGUUACAUGGCUAUAGUGUUACAGGACUAGAGUGUUACAUGGAUAUAGUGCUAGUGUUACAGUGUAGCGUGUUACAGUGUAGCGUGUUAUAGUGCUAGUGUUACAGUUAUAGUGCUAGCGUGUUAUAGUGCUAGCGUGUUAUAGUGCUAGCGUGUUACAGUGUUAUACUGGUAAGUACUAUAAUGUCACCGUG